AUGCCGGGCCCGAGCGUGCCGUCGUUCAGCUCCCUGCGCGCCAGGUCCUACCUCUCCCGCCUGCCGCUGUUCACGCGCGCCGUCAUCGUCGCCAUCGUGGUCUUCUGGCUUGUCGACCUGCAGCCGGUUUGGAAUGUGCGGGAAUGGGGCGCGUUGAUACCGGACAAGUUUGGCAUUACGACAAUGUACCGCUUGAAUACCUUCCCCUUCAUCCACCUCAACUUCUUCCACGCGAUCCUAAACAUCCUCGCCUUGACCCCGCUAUUGGAGCGCUUCGAGCACGAACAUGGGACCUUGACGUCGGUGGCACUGUUCUUCGGGCCUUUGACUACACUGCCGGCGUUUCUUUACUUGUUGUUUGAGGCUCUGCUACGGAUGAACACGGCUGUAAUGGGAGCCAGCAUCUGGAUCUUCCUGUUGUUAGGAGUCGAGGCGAUACGGACGUACAGGACUAACCCUUACCUAACCAUCGCCACCCAUAACAUCCCUACCUGGACGACUCCCCUUAUCAUGGCCCUCUGUGUUGCCGCUUUGAUACCCAGCUCUAGCCUCCUGGGACACUUGUGCGCGCUGGCCGUGGGUUACAUAUUUGGCCUGGGGUAUCUGAAGUUCCUUGCUCCCCCGGAGAAGGCCCUGCGGUGGGUAGAGGGCAAACUGAACCUUCUUGGGAGGUUACCACACUAUGUUAGCGUGGACCAGAAGACUUACGGCCGGUUUGGCGUUCUCCCGAGUUCGAAUUCAGGGGGAUCUACUGGGGCGUUCAACUUACGGCGGGAUCCGCGUAUCCUGAAGCUCCCCCCUUACCUGUCACUGCUCUGCGUUGUCGUCGGCGUCACAUGGCUCCUCUUAUUACCUCUCGAUAGCUACUCGCGGAGGACAUACAUUUCAGAGAAUGCAUUAUUGCCCGGCCAGGUUCACACCUACUUUGGUGGCAGCGACCAGAAUGUCUUUCGGGCAUAUAAGCACGAAGUGAACUCGUUGGUGGACAAGAGCAAUGUCGAAAUCAACGACAAGCUCGAAUCCAUCUUCUCGGGCGUCGGCCUCAAGGUCGGCCGGCAGAACUUCACCUACCACUCGGCCGGGGCGGAGUAUAGCGGCGAAAACAUAUACGCCAUCCUACAGGCGCCGCGGGGCGAUGCGACCGAGGCGAUCGUGCUGGUCGGUGCGUGGCGCAAUGCGCGGGGCGAGCUCAACCGCAACGGCGUGGCGCUGGUGCUGACGCUGGCGCGCUACUUCCGGCGCUGGAGCCUGUGGUCCAAGGACAUCGUCUUCCUGGUCACGCCCGACAGCGCCGCGGGCCCGCAGGCCUGGGUCGACGCCUACCACGACGCCCACGACGCCGCGGGCGGCGUGGCCAGCCUGCCCAUCAAGUCGGGCGCCCUGCAGGGGGCCAUUGCCGUCGACUACGCCCAGGAGGGCCGCUUCCAGAGCGUCCACGUCGUGUAUGACGGCGUCAACGGCCAGCUGCCAAACCUGGACCUCAUCAACAGCGUCGUCAGCAUCGCGGGGGGGCAGAUGGGCAUGGGCGUUGCCCUGCAGGAGAUGUGGGACCACAACGACCAGUAUCCUGACCGGCUGAGGACGAUGCUCAGGGGCAUGCUGAAGCAGGGGCUCGGGCUGGCGAGCGGGGCGCAUAGCAGCUUCAUCCCGUACCACGUCGACGCUAUCACCUUGCAGCCGUUUGGCGACGGCUGGCAGGAUGAGAUGGCUAUGGGUAGGGUGGUGGAGGGGACGUUCAGGAGCCUGAACAACCUGCUAGAGCAUCUGCACCAGAGUUUCUUCUUCUACCUCCUCAUGCAGAGGGAGCGGUUCGUCAGCAUCGGGACAUACCUGCCGAGCGCCAUGCUGGUGGCUGCAAACUUCACCAUCAUGGCUAUCGCGCUGUGGGUCAAGAGCGGGCAGCCGGAAGGGGAGGAUGCAAAGAAACAGGAAAAUGGGGACAAGACCAAGGCCAACGAGAAGUCCAGCCUCACCCGAGAGAGACACCUCUUCCUGCCCUUGGGCGUCGUCACCCUCUGCCAGGCCCUGGGUGUCCUUCCGCUCUAUUUAUUCAACCACAUCCCCGCCAGCAUGCUCACCCCCGCCUUCGCCAUCUUCGCCGUCGCCAACGCCCUCCUCCCGCACAUCCUCUCCAGCCUCCUAACGACCUACCACCACCCCACGAUCCAGCAAUACCAGAUCACAAAGUCCUUCUCCCUCCUCCUCCUCGGCAUGUUCCUCUCCUCCCUGGCGACCCUCAACUUCUCCCUCGCCCUCCUCGUCGGCCUCCUCGCCAGCCCCCUCUCCCUCAUGCGCCCCUGGCCCGCCCGCCCCGCAGCCCGCCGCGCCUGCACCGCCCUCCUCAACGCCGUCGCCCCGACCGCCGUCAUCGCCCUCUCCGGCGCCGCCCUCGGUAGCAGCGGCGCCGGCGGCGUCGCCGAACUGCUCCGCGAGGCCGCCUUUGGGUGGGAUGUCGCCGGCGUGUACACUCCUGUCGUCGUCUGGUGCGUCUGGUGGCCCGCGUGGCUUUGCGGGAGCGUCGUCGUGCUGGGAAGGCCGGAGCCGGCGGCGGAGGGGAAGGCGAAGACGGCUUGA